CUCAUGGUGAUCCAAAGGACGGAGACCGGCGCGGUGGAAAAUGUUAUAGCCAUCAUGCUCACGGCGACUCAUAAACAGUCUGGGUGACCACCGUUGGAUCGUGGCCGGCUGGAUUCGCCUGCCAUGGCAUUGGGCUCUCCUCCUUUCACUUUCUUCACGUCUGUCUAGGCAUGAAUUACACCUGCGAUCCGGUCCACCUACAGGGGUCCGAUUGCAACUCCCCGCACACGUUCCCCGGGUCAUCGUCCUACAAUGCAGGGCCCGGGAUUCUGGCUCUCAACUGGGCGGCCGCGGCCAUCGCGGUUCUGGUCAUGACCCUCAGAGUCAUUGCCAAGGUUCGCAUUCGACAUUUUGCGAUGAACGACACGGUUAUGCUAUGUGCAUUGGCACUCGCUUUGGCCGCAUCCAUCAUGAUCACCAUGGCCAUCGGACAUGGUUACGGGCGACACUAUCAAUAUCUGAGCCGUGCAAACCAGGUGCUGGCCCUUCAGUAUUAUACCGGUUUCCAAUGUCUGUUGAUUGUCGCCACCGGCGUUGGGAGAGCGGCCUUUGCGCUCUAUCUCCUGAACAUCCUGCGCCAGCAAAGGUUUGUGUGGUUCUUCCUAUGGGUCAUAUUCGCGGUGCAAAUCAUCAUCAACAUUGUCUCCGUGGUCACCAUCCUGGCCCAGUGCAAGAAUAUCAACUCCAUCUGGGACACAACCGUGGUCACGACAUGCUGGGAUCCGAAUGUCGAUCGUAUCUACGCCUACGUUCAGUGCUCGAUCAACACUGCAACGGACCUUUUCCUCGCUGUCUUCCCGACAUAUACCUUCUGGAGCCUGAGCCUGCAAAUGCGCAUCAAGAUCAGUCUGGUCAUCCUGAUGGGCCUGGGCCUAGUAGCCAUGGUGGCCUCGAUCAUGCGGAUUGUAUACGUGGAUUCCAUCGCCGAACGGGGUGAUCAAACGGCGGCCACCGUGGCGCUUUCCCGAUGGGCUCUGGCUGAGUGCUAUCUGGUCAUUGUCACGGCCUCCAUACCCUGUAUUCGGUCUUUGGUCAUCGCGUCUGUCCGCGUUAUUCAUAGCAACAACCGCUCGCGAGGGCAGUCACUGCCGAAGAUCAGCGCGCCGAUUCCGGAUCCCGCAGCAUACAGCACUUGGACGGUUGCCCAUCCGUCCCAGAGUCGGCGACAAGGGAGUGUAGAAUAUAUUCUCAGCAAUGCCGAGCUGGACCGGUUAGACGGGGGCGGGCUUCCCAAACGGGGGGCUGUAAUGCUUCUUACAAAAGACUCGAGCAGCACCGAGAGCCGAGUCUACCGGUCGUAA